AUGGCUUGUCGAUUUGGAUCUCCUGAUCUUGUCACAUCGUUGUCAGGCACCGCCGCCUCACCAACUUUUGCCUUUGAUUUUGCCAACAGCAAUUACCUCGGUGUUUCGGGAAGCUUCACGUCGAACAAUGGCGCUGUGUGCUCCUUUCCAACCCGAUAUGUUACGCAACAAAGGACAUCUACUUACGCAAUCACACCUGUGAUCAUUACCGUUGGGCGCACUACAACCUGCUCAGUUCUGGCACCUCCAUCAAUCAUGCCCAGCGCAAGCGGCUCCACCACCUACUCCGGUUUCGAAUGUCCCAGCAUCACGGACAACCAGUUCGCACCUGGAACCUACACAUUGAGGUUCAACCAGCCCAACGUAGUUGGCGCUCCUACCAUCUCAUCGAGAACGUUCAUCGUUGCUUCGCCCACCUUCAGUACUGACCGAAAAACUACGACUGUACUCGCAACUGCAACUGCUCCAAGCGUGUCGGAUGCCGUUAUUACUUAUAUUGACACUACUACGUUGACCAUCAUUGGGACCACAGGUGCUGGCCAGACGCUCACUCAAACAGUCACUGGUGUUUCUACAGCUACCACCACUAUCACAGAUACUGUUAGCUCUUGUACCGCUACAGCAGGCUCUGCCAGCAGCCUGAUAGCAUCUUCGACAGUAUCCUCGUCAGUUAGCACACCAACCGCUGGUCUGCCCUCUUCUGAGAAUGGCCAAUGUGGCUCUGUUGCUGGCCAAACCUGCGCUGGCACGGCACUUCCUUGCUGCUCGCUUUACGGGUAUUGCGGAGGCACUGACAUCUAUUGUCUGACUACGGAAGGCUGCCAGACUGGGUAUGGCAACUGUACCGCACCUUCGCAAGUCUCGAGUAGCUCUCCUCCCACACCCACAUCUACUGUCAGGGUCUCAAUUGAUGGUACCUGUGGAGGAGCUAACGGCUAUGUGUGUCCUGGAAGCGGGCUGGGAGACUGCUGUUCGCGUAAGUCUUCGGUGAAAUAUCAUAGGCCCACAGCUAACCGGAAAACAGCAUAUGGAUGGUGCGGUUCAAGUGAUUCUCACUGUGGUGCAGGCUGUCAAAACGCUUUCGGCAUUUGCCCCGGCUCAACUCCCAUUGGCACUGCUCCUUUACCCACAUCCACGCUCAGAGUCUCUCUCGACGGAGCUUGCGGCGGUACCUCCGGGCAAACAUGUCUAGGAAGCAACUUUGGCCCAUGUUGUUCGGAGUAUUUCUUUUGUGGUGCCGAAGCCCUCUACUGCACUGGGGCUUGCCAGCCAGCAUUCGGUACGUGCAACACUACUCCUGCGAAGCGUUCAGCACCCAAGGGCAACCUUCGCGCGGCGCAUUUUGCAGCUGCGAGGCGCUCGACGGGUCAGAUGCACGAGAAGCGUGCCGGAGGUGCUGGUCCUGAUUACACCUACCCGCCCGUUCCACGUACGACAAUCACUUCGACAGCGACGCAGACUAUCAACGUCAUACCGACUGCAGGGGGAGGCACGUCUACAACUACGAGCAUUCUGACUACCACGAUGACCUUGCCGCUGUCUGGAAGUACGGUGACAACCACUACGACAGUGUUGUCUUUGACCACGACCGAGACAGUGCGAUCCACUCAGACUAUCUGUCCUAGUUCUGUAUGA